UGCAAACUUCCUUGAAUGUCUUUCUUCAAUGGUGGCACGAACUUAGUUUGUAUUGUGAUCGUCAGUAGUAGAAUCGGGAAUCCUAGAAGUUCCGGAAUUUUCGGUUAAUGAUUCGUUUUUCGGAAAUUCAAUAAUUCAGUCCGGAUUUGUUGGAACCUUUCCCAGGGAAUUUCCGUACCGUUUGUCCCCGUUUCGAAAUUUCCAAUUUUUGGUUGAAUGGAAAGCGCCCCCGACACGAGCUUCCCUUUUCAUCUAAGAGUCCCCCACCCCACCCCCGCGGGUCAUUGAUUCCGCCGAUAAAUGAGUGUUACAACGAGAAGAACCACCUUCAACUUUCGAAAAUUGGAAUCAACUUUUGCCAGUGAAGUACCGCAUACUUUCGUCUGAAUUAAUUGUUCGUAAGGUUGAAUUAUACGCCUUGAUCAUCACUUUCGUGUCAAACCGGUCAGGGGCGGCUGUAAGGGGAUUGAACACUAGUCAGAAAACAAAAAUGGCUGUUCAGGUUUCUUCUCUUGAAGUGGUGAAGUCAGCUGCAAAGAAGUUUGUUGAUUUUGUCAACAAUGGUCCUUCUCCAUAUCAUGUUGUGAAUGAGUGCAGAAAGGUGCUGACUUUAGCAGGUUUUAAAGAGCUCAAGGAAAGAGAUCACUGGGAUGUUAAACCUUCUGAUAAGUAUUUUGUGACAAGAAAUCAAUCAACAAUCAUUGCUUUUGCUGUGGGUGGAAAGUAUACUCCUGGUAAUGGUUUUAGUAUUGUUGGUGCGCACACAGAUAGUCCAUGCCUCAAGGUGAAGCCCAACUCCAAGAAGAACAGCAAUGGUUACCAACAGGUGGGCGUGGAGUGUUAUGGAGGAGGAAUCUGGGCAACAUGGUUUGACAGGGAUUUAAAACUUGCAGGCAGAGUUAUGAUCAAGAGAGGUGAUAAACUGGAACACCAUCUUGUUCAUGUCAACCGACCAAUCAUGAGAGUCCCACACCUGGCCAUCCAUCUACAGCGUGAUAUUAAUGACAAAUUCUCACCAAAUAAAGAAACACACAUUGCUCCCAUCUUGUCAACAUGUGUGUAUGAAGGGUUAGUAAAUAAAUCAACCACAGAUGAGGUCAGUAGCAGUGACACAGCAUCAGAGGAAACCGCAUGCAGGAGUGACAGUCACCAGGCCUUGUUGAUCAAACUUCUAACGGAGGAGAUCAGCUGUGAGAAACAGAACAUCUUGGACUUUGACCUGCACCUGGCUGACACCCAACCCGCUAGCUUGGGAGGUGCAUUAGAAGAGUUUAUUUUCUCACCAAGACUGGACAAUCAAGUCAGCUGUUUCUGUGCUCUUCAGGGCCUUGUUCAGUCCCUAAAAGGCUCAUCUCUGGCAACAGAUCCUAACAUUCGUGUUAUAGCCUUGUAUGACAAUGAGGAGGUUGGUUCACAGAGUGCUCAAGGUGCGGGCUCCAUGCUAACAGAGCAUAUUUUGCGCCGUCUGUCAGUGGGUGGAAACUCAACCAGUUUUGAGGAAGCAAUUCCUAAGUCAUUUCUUCUCAGUGCCGACCAAGCCCAUGCAGUUCAUCCAAACUAUUCAGAUAAACACGAAGAAAAUCAUAAACCUGCUCUCCAUAAGGGUCCAGUGAUAAAGAUUAACAGCAAUCAGCGAUAUGCAACAACAGCUGUGUCGUCAAGUGUUGUAAGGCUGAUCGCAGAGAAGAGCAGUGUGCCAAUACAGGAAGUUUGUGUACGAAAUGAUUCUCCUUGUGGAUCCACUAUUGGACCAAUACUCUCCGCCAAGCUUGGUCUUUUGACUUUAGAUAUCGGUGGCCCGCAGCUCGCUAUGCACUCCAUCCGUGAGAUGUGCUGCUCAUCCAUUAUUCACCAACAGACUCAACUUUUCAAGAAUUACUUCGAGACACUUCCAUCAGUGCUAGAGUCCGUUGCAGGAGCUGACUAAAAUCAAACGAGUGUCACUGCUUGAGUUUAGUCACGGUUACUUAACGGUGUUGCAACUCUCCCAGCAAUCUUGAUCUCUCUUUCUCUUUCUUUCUAUGUUUGUGUUUUUAUUCAUCGAUAGAAAGUUUAACAGUAAUUAGAGACAGGUUUUUUUUGUGUCAAAUUACCUCUCUCACGGUCUAGUAAUUUAUCCUUGAACAAACGAGAAAGACCAUGUUUGACCACAUUUCCAAACACCAAGGAAAGAGUUGAAAAUAAGACGCGCAGCGGGGUAUUUUUGA